CUGGAUGGGGGCGGGGCGGCCGCCGCUCGAGGGUCAGGGGCGGGGAGCCAGGGCAGCCUCCUCAGUCGGUUGUGGAGGCGGCAGUAAGGGUCACGACUGCUGUGCUGGAUCCGGCUCAGGGAGAGCGGUUUCUUCUCCGUGGACGGUGGGCUACGGGACACAUCCACGACCCGCGAGGACCUCGAUGUUCGCCCUGCGCACCCGCCGCUCCCCCGUGUUUCGAUUUCCUUAUGGGAGAUGUAGGCAGUGAUUCGUCUUUGGAACUUCCUGUGUCUCUGAAAAAUCAGUCCUUGGAAAACAAUUCUGUGGAAUCAGUAGGAUUGCUUCAUGAAAAAGAUAAUCUUCAAGGACCUUUGUGGCCCAAAGAACUGGAUAACAUGCUUCUGAGAAAUGAUGAUGGAGUUGAAUUGGCUUUGUCAUAUGCCAAAAUGUGGUCAAAAUAUACCAAAGAUAUAGUUACGUGGGUUGAGAAAAAAAUUAGCCUGGAAUUGGAAUGUGCUAGAAACGUUGCAAAGAUGGCAGAGACAACUAAAAGCAUUAUUGGACUCCAGGAGUUUAUGCCAUUCCAUGCUUUAUUCUUAAAUGCGUUUGAUAAUGAUAUUGAGAGCAGUCAGCUUUCACAACAAACAGCAGGAGCUCUUCAAGCCAACAAAUUUGUUCAGCCUCUUCUUGGGAGAAAAAAUGAAUUGGAUAAACAGAGGAAAGCAAUUAAAGAGCUUUGGCAACGAGAACAGAAGAAAAUGCAAGAGACAGAGACAUCUCUCAAAAAGGCAAAACUCUUGUGUAUACAACAGCAGACUGAAUAUGAAAAAGCCAAGUCUUCCACUGUGCGUGCUGAAGAGGAGUAUCUGAGCUCAAGUGGAGGGCUUGGGAGAGAGGCCAGCAAGCAGUUAGAGAAAAAGCGAAGGCUGGAAGAAGAGGCUUUGCAAAAAGUUGAAGAAGCAAAUGAACACUACAAAGUUGUUAUGAUAGAUAUGGAAGAAAGACGAAAUGAUUUAGACCAUACUAAAAGUGAAAUUUUAACACAACUUCGUGAACUUGUUUUCCAGUGUGAUCUAACUCUUAAAGCUGUAGUGGUAAACCUCUUCCAGAUGCAACAUGAGCAGGUUGUGUCUCUUCCAGUUAACUACCAGUCCCUCUGUGAGAAUGCCAAGUUAUGUGACCCCGGACGAAAGUUUGCAGAAUUUGUGAAGGCAAAAACUUCUCCCAAGGAUGAGGUUCACAUAAAAUCUAGUUCUUUUGAAAAUUCCAAAAUUGAUGGAUUUUUAAGUAAGGGGUCAACAAAUAAUCAACAUGGAUCACAUGGAAAUGUAUCUCAGAAUUCGGGAGACUGUACAUUUCAUUUAUUAGAAGAUAUUGGCAGCCCUGUUUACCACUCCAAAAAAAUUGGAGAUAAGAGGUCCUGUAGCAGCCUAGAUAUCCCAGCUGUCAGAGGGCGACCACCUCCUGUCAGAUCAUGGUCAGUUGGUCAUCAAAGUGGUGGAAUGUGCAGUGAUUCAGAGAGUGCUGGAGGAAGCAGUGAAUCAAGGUCCAUGGAUUCUCCUUCUGCCAGUCCAGGGGAUUUUAAACGCAGGCUUCCUCGGACACCAUCAAUGGGGACUAUGUCUUCUGCCGAUGAGCUAGAUGAAAGAGAGCCACCUUCUCCUUCUGAAAUUGGCUUAAAUGAUCAUGUACCUGAAAAUACCAGUUUCCCUGGACCAUUUAGAAGUGCCCUCAAGUCAAAAGCUGCUCUCAGCCAUAAGCUUCGGAAGCUUCGGACUCCAUCUAAAUGCAGGGAAUGUGACAGCUUAGUCAUAUUUCAUGGGGCAGAAUGUGUGGAGUGCUCCCUUGCUUGUCACAAAACAUGUUUGGAAACCUUAACCAUUCAGUGUGGGCACAAGAAACUUCAUGGCAAGUUACAUUUAUUUGGUGUGGAAUUUGCUCAAGCUGCUAAAAAUGCCCCUGACGGCAUCCCUUUCAUUAUUAAAAAAUGUACUUCAGAAAUUGAAAGCCGAGCCUUGAAUGUGAAGGGCAUCUACCGUGUGAAUGGAGCUAAAAAUAGAGUUGAAAAACUCUGCCAAUCCUUUGAAAAUGGAACUGAUUUAGUAGAACUUUCAGAAUUCUCUGCACACGACGUCAGUAAUGUUCUUAAGCUAUAUCUUCGUAAGUUACCAGAACCCCUAUUUUUGUUUCAUCUUUAUGAUGAGCUUAUUGGCCUUGCCAAAGAGAGCCAGAAUGUAAAUGAAGACUCAAAACAGACAAGCCCUGAAGUUGUGGGUGCUGAACUAAAUAAAAUCCUGAAGAAGAUCAAGGUUCUUCUUAAAAAACUUCCAGGACCAAACUAUAAUACUAUUGAGUAUCUUAUAGGCCAUCUUAAUAGGGUGGUCCAAAAGGCUGAAGAAAACAAGAUGCCAGCUAGUAAUCUGGGGAUAAUAUUUGGACCAACUCUAAUCAGGCCAUGGCGGAUGGAUGCCAAGGUUUCCCCUUCCUCCUUGGUGGACUAUCCUCAUCAGGCUCGAAUUGUGGAGCUUCUUAUAGCUUAUUUUGUGAAGAUCUUUGAUGUGUCCUUGCAACCACCCUCAGCUUCUUCUGCCAAUGAAAGCUUCACCUUCAUACCCAGGAACCCUCAAUCAUGUCUUGCUUCAAAGGAAAGCAUUCUGCCUUCUCGAGAUGAGAGUAAAAUUUCAGAAAGGGCUACAUCAUUUGAAAGAUCACAUGACCAUAAAAAUGCACUAGAAGGAGCUGAUGGAUCUGUGAUCGAAAAUGCUAUGUCUUUGGUUUUUGAUGAGACUGAAACCUACCCCUUCAAGAACAAAGAUAAGUUUAAAGCUAAUAGUCGUUCACAUGUAAAAGGCAAUCAAAUAACCUUGAGAUCGCCAAGGAUAAAGACAUCAAUUAGACCUGUGAGUCUGCCUGUAGAUCAAUUCCUUCCUCCAAACUUUUUAAAUGAGAACAAUUCAAAAAAUAUGGAAACUUUAAAUGCAGACAAAUUUGUCAGGAGUUCAACCAUUGAAGAAAUAUCUGAAACAAAAUCUUUUCCUAACUCAUCCUCUAGACUUUCUUGUUUUGACCCCAAAACUUGGGACAAGCAAUUCAGACAAUAUGAUGUAAGUACAAGGACUACAGUGAUUAUGUCCAGUGCACUCCAGGAAAACAGAGAACCAGAGAAUGGAGCUACUUGUGUUUUAUCUCUCAACUCCAAUAACCCUUCAUCCAGUGCCAUGCAGCUCACCCAGGCAGACAUGGUACCAGUCAGGGCAGCUAGAAUAACAGCAGAAGGAUGCACUUCGGAUUCUAAUCUCCCCACUUUCAGGCCACGGAGAACUUUGCAGCCCCCACCAGGGACAUUUUAUAAGCCACCUUCCAACAAUAAGGUAAAGGAAAAUGGAGAAAGUUUUCCAGAAACUUAUACAGCAGAACCUGUUAGUGUCAAUCAUGAAAAUACUGUGGAUAUUGUUGUGAACUCAGAUUCACCUGGACAGCGGGUAAAUCAGCCCAAAGCUGGCCCUGAGGAACUUCAUGCAUCUGAUGUGAAACCAACCUGUCAGAGACUAAGACCAAAACGGAUUCAAGACUUAGAACAAAGAGAAGCACAGUUUGUGUAGGAUUGCCAAAUCUUGUGUUUUAUUUUUAUAUUUAGUUGAGAGAAAGGGUACUAGGAGCAGGUUGAAUAUCUUCAUUGGGACCAAUCUUGUGCUGUAUUUGAAUUAUUUUUAUAGGUAUUAUUUUAAAAGUUGGGCUGGGAGGUUACUAUGAAAUAAAAUGAAGUUUUUUUUUUCAUAUGAGUUUAUUUAAAUGUAUUUCCAAUAAAAUACAGUUCUUGAGCUAA